GUAUACGUUUUGCUUAGCUUCACGAACCAACCACCACGCAAAUUCUGCAGACAACCGUCGAUAAAUUUCACUAAACACUGCGGUGCAGCAUUUUCAGCCGCCAAGAUGUUUAACAGAAUGACAAGUUUGUGGAUGGGCGAUUUAGACCCAUACAUGGACGAGAACUUCAUUAAGCAAGCUUUCAGCACCAUGGGAGAGACUGCGUUCGGUGUCAAGAUCAUUACACAUCGAGUUACUGGAGGCUCAGCUGGAUAUUGUUUUGUGGAGAUGGCAGAUGAGGCCAGUGUUGACCGCUGCGUGCAGAGGCUUAAUGGGAAGCUGGUUCCAGGAUCAAAUCCGCCCAGGAAGUUCAAGCUAAACUAUGCAACAUAUGGGAAAAGGCCAGAGCCUGGCCCAGAGUUCUCUGUCUUUGUUGGCGAUCUCACAUCAGAAGUGGAUGACUACCAGCUACAUCAGUUCUUUCUGAAAAAAUUCCCUUCAUGUAAAGGAGCUAAAGUUGUCACAGAUCCCUAUGGGAACUCCAGGGGUUAUGGCUUUGUCAAGUUUAGCGACGAGAAUGAACAGAAGAAAGCCCUCGAGGAGUUUCAGAAUGCUUCGGGUCUCGGAGGAAAACCCAUCAGGAUAAGCAUCGCCGUCAACAAAGGCAACAAAGCAAGCACUUACCACAACCAGAAUAACACCUACAACACCAACUAUCAGCAGCAGUACUAUCAGCAGCCCUACAACAGUUACUACCCACAGUGGGGCUAUGAUCAGUACAGCGGUUACAACUACGGAUAUAACCCUUAUGCGGCCCCCCCUCCAAUGAUGGGACCACCUCCACCCAUGGGAAUGCCUCCCAUGCCCCCUGACAUGCAGGGAUCCACAGAGGCACAUGAUGGCACAGAGGAAGUUGAGGAGGACCCUUCUGAAGACCCAAACCCACAGGUGGAUGUGGAAGAGUUAAAUAGGCAGUACAUGGAGCGAAGUGAGGAGCUCUAUGAUUCGCUCAUGGAGUGUCACUGGCUGCCAAUGGACACCAUCACAUCUGACAUUUCUAUGAUGAACGGCUCAUGACUAUCUGAACCAACCACCGUCCAGGAUUAUUAUAUGUGAAGGAACUUGCCUUUUUUAUAAUGCUCUGAGCAAGUUUCAGAGAUAAUUUCCUCUCCCUUUCAGCCUUUUAUUUGGAGCUUCAUCUCAGCAGGCAAGAUGCUUUUCUUUGUGUGUGUGUCCAAUAUUAUUAUCAUUUUUUUUUCAGAAUGUUGAUAGUUACGGUUGAACUGUUCAUUUUCUUUUCUUUUUUUAUUUCUUUGAAGACAGAUGGAAACAAUUUGAUUCAGUCCUGUUGUCAUUUUUAACUAGGAGCUAUUCCUAUUCUUGCCUUAUUAAACUUUUUCCAUUCAAAUUUUGAAGCAUGCAUUGUGGGUACAAAUGUUGUGUCGUCAAAAUAAGCCUUUAUAUAUACCCUACACCCUUUUUGUCCUUUAUGUUCAAGACAUGGUCAUUUUUAUGGCAGAUUUAGGACAUGGGGAUUUUUGCAAGAAAAAUAAUAAUACAGCAUUGACCAAGAUUUCUCUGCUCUUAAAUUGGGGCAUAACUCAGUACUUUGGGGCAUAAAUCAUUACACGUUUCUUAUUUAAGGCUGUGCUUUUCCAAAAAAGUGAGUAUUUUUGUAAUAACAUACUGAGGUUGUCAAGGAUGAACUUAAUAAAUCACUUUGAUGUCUCAA